AUGUAUGACACAUGCCCCAACCCGAGACAGUAUAUCAGGGGGCUGGAAAGCUCACUAGCUCGCCUUCUUGACAACAACCAUGUCCCCAGUUUUAUCUGGGGAGAGUCUGCAUUGGCCAUGUACGGAGCCAGGUCGACGAUUCAUUUUUCUGCAUGGGCGAUCCCAGGUAGGAACAUGGAAAAGGCUACACGGGCAUUGAUAACUGCUGGGGAUCGCCGAACUCGCCGGGCGCCCCGAGCCCCUCGUUGCUCCAAGAUGACUGAGCACUAUCAUCCUUACCCUGACAAACACUUUCAUUACCGGAGUGAUGUGCUUACCGGCGAGAAGAAGGAAUUGGUAUACACUGUGGCGUUGUACAAAAUGCAUCGGCUGUUUUGGAAUAUGCCAGAACCGCCAUCUGGUUCUGGUACAUUGAGUUCUGCGCAUACUAGUCGUUUCGGUGGAUCGGAUUUCCAGCUCAGUCGGCAGCGAGAGGGAGACUAUCCCGUUAGGCUAUUGACCCCAGGAAAAUAUCUACAAGGAAUGAUCUACCUGGUGCUGCGGGAUCAUCACGUCCAAAGGUUUAAGCGUUGGCAACAUUGGCAGCAGGAGCUUGGUUACCUGAUCGCCCUUUUCGAACAAAAGAGGUACCAGGUGCAUCUGAAGGGCCUCGAUGCUCGGUUCUUGGAGUACAUGAGACAUCGAAACAGCCCUGAGUAUGGAUAUGGGGACGGGGGAGCCAAACUCCUGAAUCAGAUCUUUGAUGAAGAGAAAAAAGGAGGAAGGCUUCCAAGGCCAGAGAAUGGCGAAAUUGAUACCCCUCGCCUGGAUCAGCUCUUCCAGGUGGUUUGA